UGCAACACCUAAUUUUAAAUGUCAAAAUAAAUAAAAAUCAUCCUUCUCCGAUUUUCUGGACAAAUUCUCAUAGGACACGUGUACUUGCUUCUAAUUUGUGUUUAAUUUCAUCACCAACAUAAAUAUUGCGCUCAUCAAGCCGAAAGAGUCACCACCAAAGUGGUUUCGGGUGUUGAAACUUAGUGUUUUGUGGAUGUUAGUGUGUCUGUAGAGCUAUUGUGUUUUUGUAGGAAAACCAACAAAAAUGUCUGAGUUUAAGGACUGGUACAGGAAUGUGCCGUUUUUUACGCGUACUUGGUUAACUUUGACGAUAGUUUUUAGCCUUAUCGGCCGGUUUGGACUUGUUAACCCCUAUUACUUGUUGCUCGACUUCUACCCCUUCGUGUUUGAGUGCCAGAUAUGGAGGCCGCUAACCGCAGCGUUCUACUACCCCAUCGGUCCAGGCACCGGUUUCCAUUUCCUAAUCAACUGCUACUUCCUGUACACAUACUCGCAGCGGCUGGAGACCGGAAUGUUCCAGGGCAAGCCUGCGGACUACUUGUACAUGCUCCUUUUCAACUGGGUGUGCUGCGUUAUCAUCGGACUGAUGAUUAAUGUGCCGUUGAUCAUGGACCCGCUAGUCCUGUCAGUGCUGUACGUGUGGUGCCAGCUGAACAAGGAUGUAGUUGUGUCGUUCUGGUUCGGCACGCGCUUCAAGGCGAUGUAUCUGCCCUGGGUGUUGCUAGCGUUUAACAUGAUCCUUAGCGGAGGUGGUGCAAUGGAGCUGGUGGGCAUUCUCAUCGGUCACCUCUCAUUCUUCCUGCAGUUCAAAUACCCGCAAGAAUUCGGCGGCCCGGCCAUCUUGACUCCACCUGCUUUCUUGAAAAGGAUGUUCCCCGACUCCCGAUUCGUGGGAGGCUUCGGCACCGCGCCCCAAGCGGUAGGCGGCGAGCGCGCGCGACCAGGCGACACCAUGUUCGGCGGACAUCACUGGGGUCGCGGCCAAGUCCUCGGCGGCAACUGAACGCAUGGUCACUCUAUUGUACCAUAAAGUUAUACC